AUGAAACAUCGCGUAGAUGUGUGGGAAGCGAUAGGCAAAGAAGCAAAGAAUAAUGAAGCGUACAAGGCAUCCGAAGACGAGUUCAUAUCUGACCUGCUUGCUGUCAUUAACACCACCUACCGUGCCUCGUUUCCAGAUUUGAUCAAUCGUGACUUCGACGGUUAUGAUAUUGACGGAGACGGUUUCAUCUCCCCAAAGGAACACGAAGCGUUUUUCUAUAGUUGGGGAAUUCCGACGAAUUACUCGGCAGAGGCAUUUAAGGCGCUGGAUACCGAUGGCGAUGGCUUGAUAACCAGAGAUGAAUACAUCCAAGGAGCGACUGAUUUCAUGUUUAGCGAAGAUGAAAACAGCCCUUACAAAAAUUUCCUGGGACCACUGCUAGAAUAG